UUAAGUUUAUCUGGUCAAUCUUCAAAAAGUAGUCUGCUAUGGGCUAGGCAAGACUGCUUGAAGAAGCAACAACAGACAACUAGCCAGCCUUCACCCUACUAAAUAAAGAGCCACUACGUCAGUCUCUUUAUCCAUUAUGGUUUCCCUCACUGAACGCAGCUUGUGAAGCAUAUAUAGAUUAAACUGGACGAGAAUGGCCACUUCCAAGAGCCUCAUCAUAAUAGCCUUAUACUCAUGGCUUUGUUCAAGCUCCUACUCAUUCGAGGCUAAUUCCUCGGAGGGGUUGUUGAGAAUAGGUUUGAAGAAGCGGACACUUGAUUUUGACAGUGUAAAUGCUGCUAGAAUUAGCAGAGCAGGAGACCAUUAUUACCUUAGAAAAAGGGGAUAUACUAGAAGGAAUCAAAUGGACUCAAAAGCAGAAAUAAUAUAUCUGAAGAAUUAUCUUGACACCCAAUAUUAUGGAGAGAUCGGUAUUGGCACGCCGCCGCAGAAAUUCAUGGUUGUCUUUGACACCGGGAGCUCCAAUCUUUGGGUGCCAUCUUCAAAAUGCCUGCUUUCUAUUAAUUGCUAUUUUCAUUCCAGAUUCAAGGCGAGACUGUCGAGUACUUAUACCAAGAUUGGAAUACCAUGUAAAAUCCACUACGGUUCUGGUUCAAUAUCCGGAGUCUUUAGCCUAGAUAAUGUCAAAGCUGGGGAUAUCGUCGUCAAAGAUCAGGAGUUUGUUGAGGCUAGGAAGGAGGGGUUUUUAGCCUUCUUAGCUGCUCAAUUCGAUGGGGUACUCGGGCUUGGAUUUGAAGAUAUUGCUGUUGGUGGAGCAACACCAUUGUGGUAUAAUAUGGUGGAACAAGGUCAUGUUGCUCAGCAAAUAUUCUCAGUCUGGUUGAACCGAGACCCUACAUCAACUGUCGGUGGUGAGAUUGUCUUUGGCGGUCUAGAUUGGAGGCACUUCAGGGGCGAACAUUCUUACUUCCCAGUUACUCAACUGGGUUAUUGGCAGAUUGAAGUGGCUGAUAUUCAUGUAGCCGGCAAUUCAACAGGAUUGUGCGACCAUGAUUGUGAAGCCAUUCUGGACACGGGAACAUCUUUUCUUGCUGGUCCAACUAGGGCAGUCGCUCAAAUUAAUCACGCGAUCGGAGCGGUAGGGAUUGUGAGCUUUGAAUGUCAAACCGUCGUCUCCAAUUAUGGAAAUCGAAUAUGGGAAUAUCUGAUAUCAGGGCUGCGCCCGGAAACAGUAUGUGUGGAUGUCGGACUGUGUUUAUACAACGGAUCCCAGGAUUUUAGCACACAAAUGGAUAAGACGUUCAACAAUGGGACCGAAAAGGGUUCUUCGGCAAAUGAGACCGCUCUAUGCACUUUCUGUGAGAUGAUUGCCUUUUGGAUUCAAAUGCAGCUCAAGCAGCAGAAAGCAAAGGAUAGAAUUUUCAAAUAUGUAGACGAGCUGUGUGAGAAGUUGCCAAACCCACUGGGGAAGUACUUCAUCGACUGCGAUAAGAUCGAUAACAUGCCACACGUUUCGUUCAUCAUCGGCAAUAAGUCCUUCCCACUAUCUCCUCAACAAUACGUUGUCAGAGUCGGACAAGGCUGCUCGACAAUCUGCGUAAGCGGAUUCGUUCCUCUGGACAUCCCAGAACGUCGUCUCUGGAUCCUAGGGGACCUGUUCAUGGGAGCAUAUCACACGGUGUUCGACUUUGGUAAUCUCAAGGUCGGAUUCGCGAAGGCGGCCUAGGAAUCUCCGAGUUCUUGGUCUCUGGGAACGGCGAGUCUGUAAUUCGUCGAUGUUGAAUAAUGUUAUGACAAGUGAUGAUUCUAAAUCAGCCAUGCAUGAAAGUGAAGGUGAAGACUACCCUCGUCCUUGUAUAAAUGCUGGUAUUUCAUGAAUUGUCUUGUACAAAUCGUCAAGCGCAAGCGCGCGGAUUGUGGUGUUUUAUCUCAGCACGACAGUUUAUAUCAUUUCCAUAUGUAAUAUUUCAAUGAUAAAGGACCUAAAUUUCCUCUGAAA